AUGGGUCACAACGUAUUCACGGAUGAGUUUGGAAUGGGGUUUUUGUCGGCUUUUUUGUCGGCUCUCUGCGUCAUAGUGGUGUCAGAAAUCGGAGACAAAACAUUUUUCAUCGCCGCCAUCUUCUCCAUGAAGUAUUCGAGGUUGGUGGUUUACUUGGGAGCCAUGUUUGCACUUGUCCUCAUGACAGUUCUAUCUGCUCUACUCGGCUAUGCAACAAGUGUCAUCCCACAUUGGAUAACACACUACCUCUCCGCUGUUCUCUUCAUCAUCUUUGGUCUCAAGAUGCUUUACGAAGCUUAUCGAAUGGACCCAAAUCAAAGUCAGAACGAGUUUGAGAGUGUCAAAUGUGAACUGGAAGAUAAGGAGAAACAAUUUGUUGGUUUCGCGAUAGAUCAUCCGACGAAGGAGAAGGACGUCGAAACUGGACCCAUCCUACCUCAACCACCAACAUCAUCGUCGCCACUACACUCAACAACAGCAGCAGCUACCUCAUCCUCACCCCCACACUCACCACUACCACCACCAUUAUCAUCAUCAUCACCACAACCGCCGUCGUACGAGGCAUGCGUCGAAUCACGUGAUUCAGUGGUGACGCCAGUUGGAAAAGAAAGUGACGAAAAAAAACGUUGGAAGAAAUUUAUUUCUUUGGUGUCUCCGGUUUUCUUGCAGUCCUUCAUUUUAACGUUCGUUGCCGAGUGGGGCGAUAGAUCGCAGCUGAGUACCGUCAUACUUGCCACUCAAAAUAAUUUGAUAGGCGUGGUUGUGGGCGGAGUCAUAGGUCAUGCCCUCUGCACGGGGUGUGCUGUUCUGGCUGGAAGGUUCGUGGCUCAGAGGAUAUCUCUGAGAACAGUGCACAUCAUUGGAGCAAUCGUGUUCUUCUUAUCGGCUAUCUACAUACUCUGCUUCGAGGAAUAA